UUUCAAUGGCGGAAGUUGCCCUUGUCUCUUCCGGUUGCGGCUCGGCGGUACAUACCACCAUCGUUGCUGGUCUGCCCGUCGCGGUGCCGGUAGGAUCGGUCAGGGAAGUCGUUGCUCUCCUAUCCUUCCAGUUCUCCAACUCUGGCGUUAAAACGGAAUCUGUCUCAAUUAUUCCUGAGGUUAACUUAGUGUCUUCCGGUUUGCACUUUAUAAGGUAAUGCAGCUGAUGUGAGGCAACUUCACUGGAAUGUAACACUGAGCAUGUGAAGCUCUCUGCCUUCUGGACGUCAGGAGAGCACAAGAAGCCUGUGAACAUGGAUGAGAAAGACGUGUUAAUUUUUAGCACUGAAGGUAGAGGUGGUAAAGAAAAGGAAGGUAGUGAGAGGAGACCGAUCUCGAGUCGGGAAAAACUGCGAGAUGAUUUGAAAACCAGCAGGAGGGAAGGAAUGAAGACCACAGAGGAGAAAAAGAAGAGGCAAGAAGAUGAGAAGCGCAAAAAGGAAGAUGAAAAACGCAAAAAGAAAGAAGAAGAAAAGUUAAAAGCGGAGGAAGAACAGAAGAAGAAGGAAGAAGAAGAAAAGAAGAAAGUCGAAGAAGAGGAAAGGAAGAAGCAGGAGGAGGAGGAGAAGAGGCAGCGAGAAGAAGAAGCAACGAAACAGAGAGAAAAAGAAGAAGCUUAUCAGUUGCACCAAGAGGCCUGGGAACGUCAUCAAACCCGACUAGAGCUCCGCAGUAAGAACCAGAAUGCACCUGAGAGCCGGCCGGAGGAGAGUUUCUUCACUCGCUUGGAUUCCAGCCUGAAGAAGAACACUGCCUUUGUCAAGAAGCUCCGAACUAUCACGGAGCAGCAGAGGGACUCCCUUUCCAGUGAUUUCAACGUCCUCAACCUGAGCAAGUACAUAGCUGAAGCUGUCACCUCCGUUGUGGAAGCCAAGCUGAAACUUUCCGAUGUGAACUGUGCCGUUCACCUGUGCUGCCUGUUCCACCAGCGAUACGCUGACUUCUCCCCGUUGCUUCUGCAAGGCUGGCGGAAGCACUUUGAGGCGCGGAAGGAGGAGAAGACUCCAAACAUCAGCAAGUUGAGAACGGAUAUGCGCUUCAUUGCGGAACUGACUAUUUGUGGGAUUUUCACUGACAAAGAAGGCCUGUCGCUCAUUUACGAGCAGCUAAAGAAUAUCAUUUAUUCGGAUCGUGACACCCACUCACACGUGUCUGUGAUCAUCAGCUUCUGCCGGCACUGUGGAGACGACGUUGCCAACCUGGUGACCAGAAAGAUGAAGCUUGCCUCGGAGAAGUACAACCUUAGCUUCCCUCCCAGUGAGAUCAUUAGCGCUGAGAAGCAGCAGCCCUUCAUGAACCUGCUGAGGGAGUAUUUCACCUCGCUUACCAAACACCUAAAGAAGGACCACCGGGAAUUGCAGAACCUGGAGAGGCAGAACAGGCGCAUCUUGCAUUCAAAAGGAGAGCUGAGUGAAGAUCGUCACAAGCAGUACGAGGAAUUUGCCACGUCCUACCAGAAGUUGUUAGCAAACACUCAGAGUCUGGCUGAUUUACUGGAUGAGAACAUGCCUGAGCUUCCCCAAGAUAAAUCUGCACAGGAAGAACACGGCACUGGCAUUGACAUCUUCACACCUGGGAAGCCUGGAGAGUAUGACCUUGAUGGAGGGAUUUGGGAGGACGAAGAUGCACGCAAUUUUUAUGAAAACCUAAUUGACCUGAAAGCAUUUGUGCCUGCCAUAUUAUUCAAAGAUAAUGACAAGAAUUCGCAGAAUAAAGAUGGCAGCAAAGAAGAUUCAAGAGAUUCCAAAGAUGGGAAAGAUUCCAAAGACGGAAAAGAUGCCAAAGAGUUGAUUGGUACGGAAGAGCUGGAGCUGGAACUGGAGAAUUUGGAUAUUAAUGAUGACAUCAUAGGGGAAGAAGAAGUAACUGAUGAAACAGAAGACCUCAGCCAAAAGCUUCUUGAGGAACACGAACAAGACGAAGAGGAAGCCAGCACAGGGUCGCAUCUGAAAUUGAUUGUGGAUGCUUUCUUGCAACAGCUCCCCAACUGUGUCAACCGUGACCUGAUUGACAAGGCUGCAAUGGAUUUCUGCAUGAACAUGAACACAAAAGCGAAUCGGAGGAAAUUGGUCCGAGCACUGUUCACUGUUCCCAGACAGAGAUUGGAUCUGCUUCCAUUUUACGCCCGUCUGGUUGGUACUCUGCAUCCGUGCAUGGGGGAUGUGGCAGAGGAUCUCUGUGCCAUGUUAAAAGGGGAUUUCCGAUUCCAUGUCCGGAAGAAGGAUCAGAUCAAUAUUGAAACUAAGAACAAGACAGUGCGGUUCAUUGGGGAACUAACAAAGUUUAAAAUGUUCUCUAAGAAUGAUACCCUUCAUUGUUUAAAGAUGCUUUUGGCUGACUUCUCUCACCACCAUAUUGAAAUGGCCUGCACGCUUCUGGAAACCGCUGGUCGCUUUCUGUUCCGAUCACCUGAAUCCCAUUUGCGUACCAGUGUUCUUUUGGAGCAAAUGAUGCGUAAGAAACAGGCAAUGCACUUGGAUGCUCGUUACGUUACAAUGGUGGAAAAUGCAUAUUACUACUGUAAUCCUCCACCGGUUGAGAAAAUGGUGCGAAAGAAGCGCCCUCCCCUUCAGGAAUAUAUCCGUAAACUUCUCUACAAAGACUUGUCCAAGGUCACCACAGAGAAGGUGUUGAGACAGAUGAGAAAAUUGGCAUGGCAUGAUCUGGAGGUGAAGGAAUAUGUUAUUAACUGCAUGAUCAACAUCUGGAAUGUGAAAUAUAACAGCAUUCACUGUGUCGCAAAUCUGUUGGCGGGAUUGGUGCCAUACCAGGAAGAUGUUGGAAUACAUGUUGUUGAUGGAGUACUGGAAGAUAUUCGUCUUGGAAUGGAGGUCAACCAGCCCAAGUUCAACCAAAGGCGAAUCAGCAGUGUUAAGUUCCUUGGAGAGUUGUACAAUUAUAGAAUGGUGGAGUCCGCAGUCAUUUUCCGAAUUCUGUAUUCCUUCAUUACGUUUGGUAUAAGUACAGAUGGCAGUGCCACCCCACUGGACCCCCCAGAGCAUUUAUUCCGAAUUCGACUGGUCUGCACUUUGCUGGACACCUGCGGGCAAUACUUUGACAGGGGCUCGAGCAAGCGAAAGCUGGACUGUUUCCUUGUCUAUUUUCAGCGUUAUAUCUGGUGGAAGAAGAGUUUGGAUGUGUGGACGAAAGAUCACCCUUUCCCUAUUGAUGUGGACUACAUGAUCAGUGACAUCCUUGAACUGCUUCGGCCAAAGAUGAAAUUCUGUGCUUCUCUUGAAGAGGCAAUCAAGCAAAUACAGGAACUUGAACGUGAAUUCUUGAUUAAACUAGGGCUUGUUAUUGAUGGGAAAGAUUCCAAGCUGUCUGGUUUGGGUGAAGGAGAAGAAAAUCAGGAUGAUGAUGAGGAUGAUGAGGAGGAAGAGGGUGGAGCGGAAACGGAGGAACAGUCCGGAAAUGAAAGUGAAAUGAACGAACAUGAAGAGGAGGAUGCUUCUGAGAAUGAGGACGAUGAUGAAGAGGAGGAGGAAAAUACAGACUACCUGACUGACUCUAAUAAAGAGAAUGAGACUGAUGAGGAUAACAAUGAGGUAAUGAUCAAGGGUGGAGGCCUGAAGCACCUUCCUUGUGCAGAAGAUGAAGAAUUCAUACAGGCUUUGGAUAAAAUGAUGCUUGAGAAUCUGCAGCAACGAACUGGUGAGUCAGUCAAAGUUCACCAAUUAGAUGUGGCAAUUCCACUCCAGCUGAAGAGCCAGUUGAAAAAAGGACCCCCUCCCCAGGGAGGGGGAGAAGGGGACUCUGAGAGCUCGGAAACCAUGCAGUUUGUAAUGCUUACCAGAAGGGGCAACAAACAACAGUUUAAGAUACUGAAUGUGCCGAUGAAUUCGCAACUUGCUGCCAAUCACUGGAGUCAGCAGCAGGCAGAGCAGGAGGAACGAAUGCGCAUGAAGAAGUUGACCCUUGAUAUUAAUGAGCGUCAGGAACAGGAAGACUACCAGGAGAUGUUGCAGUCCCUGGCACAACGACCGGCCCCUGCAAACACCAAUCGGGAGCGGCGGCCUCGAUACCAGCAUCCCAAAGGAGCACCGAAUGCUGAUCUGAUCUUCAAGACUGGGGGGAGGCGACGUUGAUGUUAGUGACAGGUGGCACUUUGACUUGCCCUCAUUGUCUCUGAUAUCAAAGGUAUCUGAGUCCUCCCAUCGAGAGCAGUGGACACACCUCACCAUGGCUGUCUAGAGAUCAACACGUGCCUGGUACGAGCCAGGCCUUGAGCAGACAUUGCCGCCUCCGACUAUAGCGCAGAGUGGCUGGCAGGCUAAACAAAACAAGAAUUGAUAAUGCGUCUACGGGAGCACUCCUCAGUGUUAAUUCUUAUACACUUUUGGCACCUUUUUUUUUAGAAUGAGAGUGGAGAUUGUGAGGUGGCCUAUGUCAGUAAGUAGUAAAAACAGCAAAAACAAUCCAUUUAAUUAAGAACGGGACUAAUUUCUCAAGUCAAAAAUGUUUUGACUUUGUUCAUCCAAAUCUUACGAAUCUAAUUUUUGUGUGAUUGUUAACAUUCUUCAAGACAUUGAAAUCUGAUUUAAAACUGGCCAAAGAAAGAGAGGAGUUUAUUCCUGGUGUUGAAUAGAGUGCAAAUCGAUAAAAUAAAGGCCAGCAGCAAUCUUUUUCUGAAGUGGGAGGGUGGGAUUAAGGUAACACAUACCAGGAGAAUUAAAUUGUUUGGAAGUUUUAGUGUGAGCUUGGCUGUACCUCUGGAUUAUGAGGUAACAGUAACUGAACUGAAGUGCCCAGAUUCUCUCUCCUUCUGGGCUCUUUCCAACUUCUCAACAUGAAGUCAUUUUUGUGCCCGCUUAGGUUUGAGUUUUAAAGGUUUUUUUUAAAAUUAAAAUCAAAGACUUGCAGAAUGCCAAGUGCAUCUUAACAGUUGCUAUGAGCCAGAACACUUGGCAGCGGAAAACUGUUGUUAGGGGGCAAGGGAAAUGACUACUUCUGUUUUUGCAUUCAGUCAUUCAAUUAAACCUUUUUUUUGUUUCUUUUGCCGGUUUUCUGGCAACACAGAUGAAGUAAAUGAAGGCUUACUGGGUUCUGGAAUUUCUUGCACCGAAAUUGUCAUUUUGGUUGGUAGCACGUGCAGCAUUGUCAGCGAAAACCAUUUGCUUAAAUGUGUUAUUGAAGGUGUGGAUAUGUGCAUCAUACAUAAAUGUCAUUCUUUUAGCAAAUUACUUGCGAUAAUUCUGUCAUUUCCAUCUAAAGCACAUCAUUGUUUGUUUCUUCUGUUCGAGGUACCUGCUUGUACAAUUCUUUGCAGAAGCUAAGUGUAGAAGUGUAUGUUUUGGCUUGACAAGACUGCAUGGUCUAAUUCAUAAGUUGCUACACCUUUUUGGCUGUUGCCAUUCUUGCAGUAAAAAACAAAGUUGUUGACCUCA